CUUGGGCCCUCGUUACCUCACACCUGCUAUCUACUAUCUAUCUUGGUUGCCCCAGGGUUGCCCGGUACCUAUUUCUUCCGUGAUGCAUUGUCCAUAUGAAAAUCAGAACUCUCAAUGCCGGUGUCAGUUGGCCCCCGUGUCGCGACCAUCUCGGUGUUCAACUACCUCGAGCUCUAUUAGUAUCAAGCCCGCACUAUUCUAUGGCAUCAGUGCCCUGUUUUUCUGUCAUUUUGCGUCAAACGCUGUCAAACGUUGUCCCGGCCUCGUUUCAUCGAGCUUAGACGAUAGUCUACGCAAGACUAAUAGCAGGUUCACAUGGCGGGCUGCACUUCGAACAUUACGCUCCAUCUUGUCUUCGCCUACGUACUUGACACAUAUACGCCGUUGAACUUCGCACAAUAUAAGUACUCACAUCGUAGUCUUCUCCCC